UCUUGCAAGAAUGGUGAUUUUAAAACCGUUUCCAAACUCUUAAAGCUAAAAAAUCAAAAAAAUACAAAUCAGCAACCUAAACUUAAAGGCGUGGACGUUAAUUUUAAGGAUAAGGAAAAAAGGACUCCACUAAUUCAUGCCUGUCUUGGUGGCCAUGUCGAGUGCGCUGAAGGCCUUCUUAGUCGUUCGGCUGAUGUAGAAGCUAAAGAUAAUAUUGGAAAUACAGCACUUCAUUAUGCAGCAGAAUCCAAAGAAGCUGAAAGAUUAGUUAAAGCUUUGCUGGGGCAGAAAGCUCCUUUAAACAUUCAAAACGAUAAUAAAGAAACUCCUCUACAUAUUGCCUGCCGCUCUAAUAAUUCUGUUGCUCUUAAGUUAUUAAUUGAAAGCCGUGCAAAUAUUUCUAUUAUAAAUUCUGAAAACAAAACUCCUCUUGAAGUUGCUGUUGAACUCGGAUCUUUAGAUUGCAUAAAACCGUUAGCAGUCAAUUUGGAGUUUGGAAACCAUGGAGUCUUAUUUUUCGCCGUGAAAAGGAAGGUUUAUGAAGCCACUAAGAUUUUAUUAGAAUGCGGAAUUAGUCCUCAUUAUAAAGAUGCUGAUUAUAAUACUCCUUUGCACGCUGCCGUCCAGAUCGGUGAUUGCGAAAUUAUUAAAUUACUUCUAGAAUAUAGCGCUUCUCCUCUUGUUAGUAAUUUGCGAAACUUUUCUCCUUUAAAUUUGGCACAACAAUCUAAAAAGUCUAAUUCUAAUGAAGUUCUUGAAUUUUUAAACAAUUUCCAAAGGUAUAAAGUAGCCAAUGACAAGCAAGAACCCAUUGAUCCGGCAAGGACUUUGUGGCCGUUAAUGAAAAACAAAAUCAACUGGACGGGCGCGUCUGGGUUUUCCUCUUCUCCCACCUCUCCCACGUGGGCUCUUUGCGAUAAUAAUAACCAUACUUUUUGCCAAAUUCUGUUCAAACCGGAUAGAACAAACUUUUUAGUUUUUGACUUGCAACACGAAUAUCAUAUUUCUGGCGCAAGACUUGUAGGAAAUAGCAGCCAAGAUAUGGUUUAUGAAUAUCUGCUUGAAAAAGGCGACUCUCUGGAGGGUCCAUGGUCUUUGGUUAUAGAAAACGCAUGCAAACUUUUGGGCCCGUCCGACUAUACAGCCCAUAGUGGCGUCCCUCAGGACUUCACCAACUUUUUCACCACCGGAAGAUUUUUCAGACUUUCCUUGCUUUCCAAUUUUGGCGGCCAUUUUUGUGCGCUUUCCCAAGUUGCCUUUUACGGUGUGGAUACCAGAAUUGUAACUUAUUUAAAAGAAUUUGAGUGCUUCCAUCUCUUCUCUACUCUUGUUGAGUCCGGCUAUGCACACCUUUCUGAUGUUUGGGUUUUGGGCUACAAAGAAAACGAGUGCCAAAGCAUUUGCAAUAAUAGUAAUGAGGACGUUGAGAAACUGAAAAAAGUUAUUAAUAAAGCCAAGGAAACAGAAAAUAAGUUGACAUUCUUAACAUUUACGGAAAAAGGCGCGUGGCCUUCAGGCCAUAUACAGAACAAGCGGCUGCCUGAACUUAUUAUUGAGAGCGAUCCAGGAACGACUGACAAAGUGGAGCUCUUUUUUGAUAGCCCUGUUAAAGUGAACGGAGAGCUCUUUGGAGAACUUCAGCCUGAUGUUCUUUAUGGAGGGCCUUCAUUGGUAAAGUUUAAAAAUAUUAAAAUUCUUAAUGCUGGAGAAUUUUAUUAUGGCAUUCGCGCCGUAAAAAAUCCGGACAUUCUAUGCAAUAACAGUCUUCACUUUAUAAAAAUUGGAACUCAAUUUCUCGGGACUGAAGAUUUAAUAGAAUCGACUGCUGAUUCUCUUGCUUUAUUUGAUAUCUAA